AUUCUUUGAUUAAAUAUAAUUUCUUUUAUUAAGAAAUUUUUAAUAAUAUUCACAUUGAAGGUAUGUAUAGAUCUUAAAGAAACUUGGCAACAGCGCGACGUAAGAUAAAUUAGUGUUUGACAGUUGGCAACUGGGAUUUUCAAAUUGAAAUUGCUUAAUGUGAAUCCGUACCUCAAAAUGUCACAAUUACGAAUAAACGGAAAAUUUUCGAGCAAAAAAAAGAUAAAACGUCUUGAACAAAUUGCUGAAAUGGGAAGAAAAAAUAAGAAACAAAUUGUUGUGAAUGAUGAUGAACCGCGCGAAGAAAAAACAUUUCCUAUAGAAGGCCACCGAAUCGUAGAUUUUCAGCAUAUGGCUCAAAAUAUGUUUUGCUCAUGUUGUAAAUCUCCGUUAUUAAUUCAAAAUAUCAGAAGUGAGAUUAAAAAAGGUCUCGCAUCAAUUUUGCAUAUUUUCUGCGACAAUUGUAUAUUCCUCAAUACAGUUACAACUGGAGAUCGACACAUUAGUCCCGUUACAGGAUAUCCCUUGUUUGAUAUUAACACAAAAGCUGCUAUAGCUGCUUUACAUGCUGGAUGUGGAGCAUCAAAGCUAAAUAAAUUGUUCCAAACGAUGGAUAUUCCAGGGAUGAGUCCAAAUACAUUCAAGAUUCAUGAAAGGGUUGUUGGGCCGGUCAUAGAAGAUGUCGCCAAAAAGACUUGUGCAGAAGCAGUAAUUUUAGAAAAAAUAGCCACAAUAGAAAAUAUUGAAGAGUUGAAGAAAAUGCUGUACGUUAUGUACAUCUAAUUGCGCAUUUAAAUAGUUUUUAAGCUGACAAACCGUGAUAUCAUUUAUCAAUUUUUUUAUUUAGUGAUACAUGUAUUUUGAUCAAAUUAUUAUAUUUACAAAUUGACUUUUUUUCUUAUUGAUUUAUAUGUAAGAAAUGAUGUA